GUACGAGGUGACGCAGCGCCGCCCGCCCCGCGCGCCCCGCCCGCCCCCGCGCCGCCGCCGCCACCGCCACCGCCGCCGCCGCCGCCGCCACCCGGUCGGGCUCCAGGGGCCGCUAACGGUCCCGCGCCCCUCGGCGUCCGCGCCCCCGCCCCGCGCCGCGCCCGGCCGAGCAGGCGGCGCCGGCGGGCGACGGGCGCGAUGGGGGCGGCGGAGCCGCUGCGCUCGGUGCUGUGGGUGAAGCGGCAGCGCUGCGCCGUGAGCCUGGACCCCGCGCGGGCGCUGCUGCGCUGGUGGCGGAGCCCGGGGCCCGGAGCCGGCGCCCCCGGCGCGGAUGCCUGCUCUGUGCCCGUCUCUGAGAUCAUCACCGUCGAAGAAACGGACAUCCACGGCAGGCACUACGGCCGCGGAAAAUGGCAGAAGAUGGAGAAGCCCUUCGCUUUCACAGUGCACUGCGUGAAGAGGGCCCGACGUCACCGCUGGAGGUGGGCGCAGGUGACCUUCUGCUGUGCUGAGGAGCCGCUGUGUCACCUGUGGCUGCAGACGCUGCGGGAGCUGCUGGAGAAGCUGACAUCCAGACCGAAGCAUUUGCUGGUGUUUAUUAAUCCGUUUGGAGGGAAAGGACAAGGCAAGCGGAUAUAUGAAAGGAAAGUGGCCCCACUGUUUACCUUAGCGUCCAUCACCACCGAAAUAAUCGUCACCGAACGUGCUAAUCAGGCCAAGGAGAGCUUAUACGAGAUCAACAUAGAUAAAUACGACGGGAUCGUCUGCGUUGGUGGAGACGGCAUGUUCAGCGAGGUCUUGCACGGCCUGAUUGGCAGGACGCAGAGGAACGCCGGCGUGGACCAGAACCAGCCCCGGGCAGCCCUGGUGCCCAGCCCACUCCGGAUCGGCAUCAUCCCCGCGGGGUCCACGGAUUGUGUGUGUUUUUCCACGGUCGGCACGAAUGACGCGGAGACAUCAGCUUUGCACAUCAUCGUGGGGGACUCACUGCCCAUGGACGUGUCCUCGGUUCACCACAACAGCACGCUGCUGCGCUACUCCGUGUCCCUGCUGGGCUAUGGCUUCUACGGGGACGUCAUCAAGGACAGUGAGAAGAAGCGGUGGAUGGGGCUCAUCAGAUACGACUUCUCAGGUUUGAAGACCUUCCUGUCACAUCACUGCUACGAAGGGACAGUGUCUUUCCUGCCAGCGCGGCACACAGUGGGGUCUCCCAGGGACAGGAAACCCUGCCGUGCCGGGUGCUUCGUGUGCAGGCAGAGCAAACAGCAGCUGGAGGAGGAGCAGAAGAGGUCGUUGUACGGUCUGGAGAACACCGAGGAGGUGGAAGAGUGGAAGGUCGUCUGCGGGAAGUUCCUGGCCAUCAACGCCACCAACAUGUCCUGUGCUUGUCCCCGGAGUCCCCAGGGCCUGUCCCCGGCCGCCCACCUGGGGGACGGGUCUUCCGACCUCAUCCUCAUCCGGAAGUGCUCCCGGUUCAACUUCCUGAGGUUUCUCGUCAGGCACACGAACCAGUACGACCAGUUUGACUUCGCCUUUGUCGAAGUUUAUCGCGUCAGGAAAUUCCAGUUUGUAUCGAAGCACGUGGAGGACGAGGACAGUGACCUCAAGGAGAGGGGGAAGACGCGCUUCGGGCAGAUCUGCAGCGACCACCCCCCGUGCUGCUGCUCUGUGUCCAACAGCUCGUGGAACUGUGACGGGGAGGUCCUGAGCAGCUCCGCCAUCGAGGUCCGGGUCCACUGCCAGCUGGUUCGUCUCUUUGCACGAGGAAUCGAGGAGAAUCCUAAGGAAGAGUCACAGAGCUGAGACGCUGUCACGCAUCACCUGCCUUGCCGUGAUUGGGAACCGUGACCGCUGUUUAAGAAAAUUACUACAGACCGAUUACGUUGAUAUACACAUUUAAAUUUAGAAAUUUAUUUUUGAUAGUUAAAUCUUGAUUUUAGAAAAAUACCUUCGUCAACAAUAUUGUGAACAUACCUGGCAUUUUCGGUUCUACGUGACUCUUUGGGCUGCGUUUCACGUAACUUCUUCUCAGCCAAUGGCACUUACCAGUUUGGGGGCGCUGGCUUCUUAGAUUUUAACAACGCCGACGGUGCAGAUUUUGAAAGGGCCCAUCGGUGGCUCUGCCGCAAUAAGUUUAGGGACAGCGAAUGUGCGGUCACACCAUCCGGACGGGGUCUCCCCGCUCGCUGAUCCACGUCGCACGACUCACUCUGUAGUUAUUUGUGGUCGGGUUUCGGAAAGUAGUCGGUCGCCUUCAUUUUGCCUUCAUCUGAGCUUCUACUUAGGAAACUUCCGGACUCUCUGUGUCCCGGGCAACUACAAUGCAACGUAGCCCUGCUUCGGGGACACCUCGGGAGUGCAGCACUGUUGUGGGGACACGGACGGGAGUGGCACUUUAUCUUGAAAACCCAGGUCCUUGCUUUCGUCACGGUCGUGUUUCUGGGACAAUCCGGCUGGUCAGCAGGAACAAUCACGGGCCCUGGAGACGGCAUCGGUUUUACGGCUGGGUGCCGACGCUUUAUGGCCACACUGGGCGUGGGGGGUGGGGGGGUGACAUGGAGAGAAGCUGGCACGCAGUAGGAAAAACUUCACUCUGUGGACGCUGUGUUCGCUUGACAUCCGGGCACCCUGCCCUGGUUGGCGGUGGGGCUCCCGAGUCCCGGGGGCUACUUUGGUGGAGGCCCCGGGUCUAUACACGUGGUCCCGACUGGAGCUUUUCUUCACGUUCAGUUCUACAUAUUUAUUGAAACUGUUGUCCUUUUCAGCCAGAA